CUGCGCAUAUUCGGGCUUGCGGCGGCGACCAUGCUGCUGGCGCUUUUGCUGCAUUUGGUAUUAUUUCACCUGCUCAGUGCUAGAGAUGCUCCCCGCAAGGACUCGCAGUACGAGGUCCAGCGAGUAGACUCCUGCCCCAGCGUGGGCUACACCUUCAGGCGGCAGCAGAGCCACAACUCCCUGGACCCUGGCGACUGCUUCCUCUGCUUCUGUCAGGAAGACCACUCCGCUGUCUGCUGGAAGCGAGAGAAUAGGCGGUGUGAUAAGGAGAGCUUCCACUAUCAUGGAGUUGGGAAGAGGGACACAAGAAUUCGUCGGAGUCCAUCAUUUGCAGAUAUAUUUUUUCGAGACGCUUCCAGGGACAUCUUUGGCAAAAAUGUGGAGCCAGAGUGCAAGCCAUUUGAAUCAAGUUUCAGUGAUGACUGCCCUCCGACGGAUUGGUGCAUUGGCUGCACAGUGUGUGACUGUGACUCUAACGGUCGGUGGGACUGUCACCUCCUCAGCUUCUGUCCAGACGAGAAAGACAAACAGAAGUCCAAACGUAAGGGAUCCAUGAGGAAAUUGGUAGGAAAAAAGCCAGUGAAACACAAGAAAGCUCUAUCAACCAACCCACCAAAAAAGACAAUAUCAAAUCCAGUUAAAAAUAAUAAAACUAUGAGUAAAGCUAAGAACAGAACAAUACCUAUUAAACGUGAAGGCAGCAAAACUGCACCACCAAAGCGUAUCGUGAAGAAAUCUGUACCAAUCAGAAUGGAUAUGACGCCAGAGCCAGGAGGUAAGAGGAGAACUCCUAUCAGAUACAAGAGAAUACCCCCAAGCAAAAGCGAACAAACAAAGGAAAAAAUAAUUAAAAGGAAUAUAGCAACACACAAACCAAUCGAAAUCAAAUCCACGAAAGUCAACUUAGAAAUGGAAAUCGCUCAAAAAUUGAUGAGAAGGGUCAUGGAGAACCUUAAGAGGUCGAUCAAGUCUGAAGUAAAGGAUAUGUCUAAGAUAGCAAAAGAAAAUGUUGAUAAGGCGAAAAAUAUGAAUAAUGCAAAGAAGCCUGUACCCAAAGGGAAAGAGAAACCAAAAACGGUAAAUAAGAGGCAGAUUAAGAAACCGAAUAAGAAACCACCUCAGAAAAAGCCUAAGCCUAAGAAACCUAUGAAAAAGCCAAUAUACAAUCCUAAGGCAAAGCCAACCAGAAAACCCACCGUUACACAAUAUUCCAGACAGAAACGAGAUGUCAGUAGAGAAAGUCAUAUUUUAACUUUAACUAAACCUAAAGUUCCAGGCUAUCUUACAACAGUCAGCGAUGAGCAGUUAGCCGGGGAUAACACUACAACAGCGCUGUCUAUAAUACCAAUGGCCACCAAUUUAAUAGUCACCGAGGAAGCCAACUACACACGCCCUGCGAGACACAGCACCCUUCCAGGAAACGAGUAUUAUAGAUAUGUUGUUGGUGGUGAAGACUCGAAGGUCGGUAUGGAUACACCAGCAGGCGAAACAGGAACCACACAGGUGAACAUGACUGAAACUGUAUUUGACCUCAUUGAUGGUCAGCCGACUACUAUAGUCCCCACAGAAAUUACUGAAAUUAUUUACACCAUACCACCAGUACUACACUAUGAAGUAAACAAAACAGUUGUUAACAUAACAAAAUUGCACGAUUUGAAGUUUUCAAAAUGGUCUCAUUUAAAACGAUUCAAAGAUAAGAAAAACAACUCCAGUUCCGAUAAGCAUAAGAACUUCGGAAAAUUAGUAACACAUACAAAUUUCAACCAGUCUAAAGGCAAAGAAAGGAUCCAUGGGAAGAAUGUGGCACGUAAAAUAAAUGGUAAGAAGUUUAAUGUAGUUAAACUACUGAGGCAUCCAAAAUGUAAAAUGGACGCCUGUUUCAAUGAUAACAGCAGCAGUACACAAGCUGGAAGUAAAAACAUUGGUGACUUACAUGGCAUACUAACGCAAAUACUAAAAAGCAUGGAUACAAACACCACCACCGUAACACAAACACUUCAUAGAAGAAGAAAAUUCAGCAUAUUAAGAUAUUUGAAGAGGAUCUUCAAUAAAAUAUUUAAACGAAACAAAACACCCAAUCGGUUGAGCAAGCACCAGCUAAUAGAGACACUGUGUGAAAACUUUGGACCCUGCAUAGUAAGCAGGAGAGACAAAAUGAUCUUGAACGGAAAACUUGCAGACAUAGAUAUAGAAUCUACCAACAUUCUGAAAACAGUCAGAAUUAUCAAAGGUUUGUUGAAGUUGGUGCAGUUACCUAAAAAUGCUGGCAGCAAAACUGUGAAACAGGAAAAUUUCCGAAACGAUAUACAAAAACUAAAUCAUAUUCUUAAGGGUGGUUACAAUAAAAAUGAUCAAACAGAUUUAACUACAGCUCAACAGAUUCAAAUUGAUUACAUAAAGAAAAACACACAGGAAUUUAUAAAAUCUGUCAGUAAGUUCGCAUCACUGCUUAAUGAAAUCAUUAUGAUACUAACUAAACAAGAUGUGAACAUACCCAUUAUUGCUAGCACAGGAAACGAUAUCAAAAACACAACAAAAGAUGAUCCGUUUGAAAAUUUGAAAGACCUUCUUAUAAGAUACAACUUAAUUCAAAACACUUUCAUGAAACGGAUGUACGAACAAUUGAACAAUUUUGAGAAUAAAGUUACUGAAAAGCCGAAGGUGAGUGAAUUUAAGGAUGUGAAUAAUAGUGUAGCGAUAGAAAAUUUCUCAAGGGAUAUCAUUCAAAAUCUCAGGAAGCUGAAGCGUUUCGCUCAAACCGUGAGCUCUAGUUACCGAGCCAAGAGGGCCACGGCCAGAGAUGACGAUGCUAUAGAGUAUCUGUUGAUGUUGAUGGAGUACUUGAUCAAACAAAACCAUCCACUGGAUGCUGCACCAGUUAACGACGGAAUAGAUUUACUCAUAGAAGCUAUCAAAAAUGCACCAGAUAUUAAACCGAUUAAGAAAAAGGUUUUAGAAUACACACCUACACCUUACGUGGAUACCACUACUGCUCCUCCUUUCAGAUCUUAUACCACAGAGAGUUUUUUAACCGAGGAAGAUAGUCCUUCAGAGAGUGAAAAGUCUUCCAGCGAAGAUAGCGGUAGAAUCAAGUUAGAAGAUACCGAAGGGAAAUUAGAAGCACAGAAAGAUAUAGUUGAAAUGGUUGCAGAUGACGAAAAAUAUCCAUAUCAUCGGGAAGAUAAAUAUCAUUAUGAUCGAAGAGCGGAGCCUGACAAAAUAGAAGAUAUCACUGACGCAGUUUACUAUAAUAGAGUUGAGGGAAAUAUGGGGCCAGAUCAAGAUAACCUGUAUGAAACCACCACACCUUUGGCUGUUAAUUCAGAAUUAGGUGAUAAAUUGGAUAGUCACGAUGAUGUUAAUGCAGAGAAAACUCUGGCUAUAGAAAACAAUAUAGAGAAUAAUAUUCUUGAUAAACCGCUUGUAGAAGUGGAAAAUAAUGAGAAGAAAUUUGAAGUGUUUGUUGGAGAUAUGGAUGAUGAAGUGAUACCAUCAAGCACUACUCCGGUUGCAGAAGUACUUCUGUCAACAACAACCACGGAAUCUUACAUGCAAUCUAAACCUAAACCUAAAAAUAAAAUGAGACAUUUGGAUUUAGAUUCAUUCGACAGCGAAAGUAUUGACAAGAAAUCAAAACUAGAAUGGAUUGAAGAAAAUUUUGGUAAAGGGUAUGUUAAAACUAAAGAAUCGGAGGAACGUCACACUACAACUGCUGCAACUACGACUGCAAAAAUUAUAGUAACACCAGUCACUGACAAAGGAGAUGUCAGUAGUCUCACUAGGGAAGAGAGACUUGAUGACAAUGAUAAAAACAGUAAGAAGAAUAAAAUAAAUGCUGAAGAAGUGAUGUUGAGAAAACAAAUGGAUCUUCUGAAUUCUCUUGACUAUGGAACUGAGAAGGGCGAAGUGUUUGGGUCUGAUUCUAAAGAUGGAAUCAAUGAGGAACGGUAUGCCAGUGAUAAUUUUCCGUCGUAUUUCGUCUAGUUAAUGUAGUAAUGGGUCGUUUAGCUGCAGAAUUUGUGGGAGUUAAGAUAUUCAGGAUAAAACUGAGUCUGAAAAUAUUGUAACCAAACCGAGUCUUUUGGGGUUUACCAUUUAACUAUCACGAUAACUGAACCAUGAACAACAACUAAAAAUAAAAUGUUAGAUUGCCUGUACGACGUUUGGUUAUCGUUAUAGUUAAAUGGUGCAACCCAGCCUUUUCUAAACAAUAUUUAAGUCCUAUGAUUAUCAUUCACAGUUGACUCCACACUAUGCCUAAUCGUCUAGUCCGUACUGACUCAAUAAUUUCAUAGUUGUUUUGUUUAGAAUAUUUUCAAAAUAAUCAUGAUGUCAUUUUCGAUUUCGAUUGUAAAGCGUUACGUUAUAUUUCGAUUUGUUAUGAAGUUACCAAUAUGUAUUUAUUUGUGUGUUAUGUAUCUUUUAUGAUCAAUGCAUGCACGUAGGGUUUUUGUCAUACUGUUACUAGAUGGCAUUAGUAGUCCAUCUCUUACAACCAAGCUAUUCUUAAUACGAAGUUUUUUAGUAGAAACAACGAUAAAUGAUUCUUGGAUUACAUGAAGACUUGUGUAUAGAAAUGAAAAAUUAAUGCAAAUUAACACUCAAAUUAAGACAGAAUAGAUUUUGCAUAGUCAGUGUUUUAAAGUUUAAGUUAUGCGAAGAUUUUUUUCUCUUUUAGUUAAGAGAAGUCUAAUAUUUGUGAGAAUAUAGAUAAAUAAUUGGUUCAAGUUCUGCAGCUAAACGCUCAAGCUUAAGUUAUAAUAACUUGUAUUAACGCCAUAUAAAUAGCAAUUUGUUUUUAAUUGUACAUACG